AAGUCGGUGACUACACCUUGUUUUCGUGCAUGGAUCAUGAGCUAUGUACGAAUUUCUAUAUGAACUCGUAUUGACCACGAAAUCCUCGGCUUGAUCGAUUCAUCUCCUAACACUUCCGAAGCUCAAGUACGAUUGAAUUCCGAGGCAAUUUCGAGCAUACAAGAUCAUCAUAAUCUGGAGUUUAAGCUGGUGUGAAAGUCUCAAACAUGUCGGCCGACGGCAGCGAUCUACUAGCACCACCCAAGUCGGUGACCCUAAUAAGUGCACGUCUCGUGCUCUCUACGCUCCAGAUGUCCGAUCUGCUGGACCUGAUGCCUAUUUUGACCAGCAGCGAUGUGAUGCAAUGGACCUCGUCGGGACCAAUCGCAAACGAGCAGCAAGGCAGAACUUGGCUCAGUUCCCGGGCGCUAGGUACAGACGUUUUUAACUUCGCUAUUCGAGAACGACAUGAAUACAACAGGGACGGGGAACGAGGCACGAUUAUUGGUAUCUUGGGCAGUCCGGAUUGGCCAGAAGUUGGGUAUCUCAUGCGACCUGGCUAUGCUGGGAAGGGAUUUGCGACUGAAGCUUUGAGCAUCUUCAUCCCUGCCUUCUUUGAGAGAGUCCCUUCGGCGCUUGUAUCGACGGUCGAUGGUGCAAGCGGAGGUGGAGCGCAAGGCGUCGGUUAUGACUAUCUUGAAGCUUUAGUGGACGUGGAGAAUAUUGGGAGCCAGCGCGUGCUCGAGAAAUGCGGCUUCACGAAGGUGCUGGUGAGCGAAAAUGAUUUCGAAAACAGCAUGGGCCUUCGCUCGACGGCGUUGUUCCGCAUAGCUAGACCGGGGAGAACGCUGCCGGAACUCGGCCUCCUCGUGGGCGACGGUGUCGUUCCCUGGAGCGAGGAGGCUAAGCCACCGAUCCAGUGACACGCUGGCGCGAACUGCGAUAAAUGCCUCGUCGGAGGAUUAUUACUGCGCAGCAUCGUUUGACUACCAACGGCACUGGGCCAAUAUAUCCCUCUCCACGUGCCCGAAAACAACAUCGCAA